ACCAGAAAGCCAGUAUGGAAAAGAAGGAGAAUGAAUGUGUGGAGCUGAGCCUGCCCGAGUCAGACACCGUGUUGCGAAUCGUCAUUCCUCCCCAGAGACCUGGUGAGGCGAGCUUCUAUGAGAAUUUUGCUAUCAGAGGCAUCCGAGUCGACCAGGCCGAACCUGGACUGGUUGUCUGUACUUUCAAGGUUCCUCCCCGUCUCACUGAUAGAGCUGGAAAUCUGUCCAACGGGGCAAUUGCAAACCUGGUUGAUAUUGUUGGAUCAUAUGUAACUUAUACUGGUGGUCUCAUAAGGAAUGUGUCGGCAGAUAUAUCCAUCUCGUACAUGUCAACGGCAAAGCUUGAUGAUGAGGUAGAGAUCACCUCCAAAAGAUUAGGACAAAAGGGGGGUUACACAGGGAUAUUGGUGCUCCUGAGAAACAAAGCAACCGGGGAUGUCAUUGCUGAAGGUCGACAUUCCAUGUUUUGUUUAGACUCUGCUUCCAAACUUUGAGACCUUGCCACAUAUAUGAAGGAGAACAGGUUGGUACUCCAGUUCAACAGCUUAUAUAUGUAAUAU